AUGCAACCAUCAGGGCUGCGCAACCGGUAUGAGCGGGAUCUGGCGAGUGAGAACCCCAUUCACAUCGGUGUAGGCCGCGCCGAGGCACGGCUGCGGCGAGAGAUGGACGAGACAACUGCCGCCUUGGAGAAGAUGGCGGAGCGGCGACAUCUGGCCCUUAGCCGUGGCCGUGCGUCUGUGCGAACACGUGUGGAUCACCACAUGGAGGAGAUACUCAGCGGUGUGGAUGGGGUUCUGCCGCCCUGUACGUUUGACCCACCUGUUGUUGAGAGUGACUCCGCGACUGCCAUGCAACCGCAGGAAAAGCGUGUGAACCGAAAGUUUGGUCUGCCGUGUGCGGUGGGGAAAGCGACCCCUGUGCCUUGCAACAGUAACAGCUUCAAUUAUUCUCGUCCGUUGACGAAGGCACAGUCCACACAGUCGUGUGGCUCACCGAGAGAAAGGAAAGGCACAAUGCCACGUGGUUUUCCUCUUUCAUUUGAUGCGUCAGGAUUUCAGUGUGUGACACAGUGGGCCGAAACAAGCUUUCAGGAAGUGCUGGUGGCUGCGCUGGGGCCGCGUUCGGAGCGGGAGCGCAAAGGCGUAGAGCCCCCCAACCGCCUCCUUCUGGGCGUGGCUUGCUACCUGCUUAAUGAGGUCCUGACUCGCGAGCCAAAGCUAUCGACGUUGUGGCCAAUGCUGCGGGAGGUCAUCUUCCAGGCGGUAUGCACACCGAGUGCACUCCUGCCUCCGCAGGAGCCAGUGCAUCCUGACGUGUCACCAUACCCACGCUUCGAAACGUGUGACGACUAUGCGAACUGGCACUUGUGGUCGGAUGCAUACCUGGACGCCUGCAAAGAUAACGAACUGUUAUCACAGCGGAUUGUAGGUCUACAAGAGGUGGUACGCAAAAGCCGCAUCGUUCUGCGUGUCGCACAGCGGCGGGUGGACCGCGUCUGCCUGGAACACGUGUUUCGUGCGUGGCGCACAACAACGCAACGCGCUCGUGCGUUCCGAAAGGCCGCAACGAUGUACCUGACUCGUGUGCGGCAGCGCAUUCGCGUGGAAGGAUGCUUCCUGCGCUGGAGACGUGUUACAACGCAGUCACAUGUGUCUGAGCUCAUCAAAAUGGUCAAGGAGUCGGAGGUGCGGAUGGCGUUUCUUGAGAACUCUAAGCACAAUGCGAUGGAGGCGUUGACAAAGCGGCUCGUAGAGGAGCAGAAGGCAAAGGAAAUUCUGUCAAUGAAGAAGGAAGCGCUCAAGUCACAGCUUGCGGAGAAUCACGUCCUUACCCUCCGUGCGAUGCACCAGGAGAUACGACAGCAGCAAUUGCACGUGUUGUUAGCCAAAAAACAAGGCAAGCGCUGGGAGCGCCUCGCAAAAACAUUUACAUUACAGACGAAAUGUCUGGCAGUUCCUUCCCUGCUGCGGCGAGACGGCUUAGUAUUGCGGCGCCUUGAGGAUGACUACGCGAUGGGUGUUCACAUGGUUGUGGAUCGUGCUGUGGAGGCCCGCCGGUGCCUGGAGACAUUUCUGCUGGAUUGGGUGAACGUCUUCAUGAAGAGUAGCCCAGGCGGUGUCUUUUGGCACCCUGUCGGGAAGAUCGACACCGGGGCGCGUGAUGGCGACUUUGGUGCGUCAGCGCUUCUGAAACUUGUGCGUGCAUUGGAGGCGCUCUACAUUGGGAGAGGUGCACGGCGUGUUGUGUACUUCUCCUCGCCAAUGAACCGUGAAUGUGACCUCAUGUCAUGGAAGAAGGAUGAAAAGAGUGAGCAGGCCGCAGAUGUCUCAUGCGAGACGCUCUUCGCGGAGCUGAAACGUGUCAUGUACCUGCAGACAGCUGAGGGUCUAUUCCCGCCGCUGCUGACGCACUGCACGUUUCUUGAGAACUUCUUCACCCCCGUGCUCUUCGGCCAGUCCCCGCACCCUUCCGCCAUGCUGUGGGUGCUCGCGACGCUUUUUGUUGGGUACGUCCGCCUCGUCUGCGGUGGACCGGCGUCCGCUGAAAGCGACGUGGAGCAGGCCCUGCGUUGCCAGGCAGAGGAUGAGCUCAAAAACUACGUUGUGGGGCCCAUCUUCGCCAAGAACGAGACGCUUGUCGGCGGCAGCACUAAUGUGGGGUGGAACGCCAUGCGUAAGCCCAGCCAUGCAUAUGCGAUUACGAGCGAUACGGUGAUCAAGAAGUGCACACGGAUGCAGGUGAAUCUGGGGGAGCCGGUGCGCAAAACACAGGGGGAGGACAAUGACACAACGAGUUCACAAAAAGAUGCAGAGGUGUUCGUAGACACGCUCUCCGACAUGGAGGUGUACCUGGGACUUGAUGAGGAUGAAGAUGAUGACAGCGCCAGUGGUGGCAGCAGUAAGAGCAGGAACAGCUCACACAGUAGUGACCGAGGCAGCGACGACAAUGAAGAGGAGGCCUUGCCUGAUGCGUCCGAUGAGAAGGAAGAGAAUGCGCGUGCCUCGCCAGAGCGGGCAUUGACAUUGGCGGAUAGGGAAAGGCAGAGACUCGUGCACCAGAAGAUGCAUCUCAUUCCCCCUAUUAGUUCGACAUUGCUUUCAGCCACGCACAGAGACUUUGUGAAGAUUCACCAAGAGGAUGUGAAGCAGCGGCGGGUGUGGGCAGGACUUGCGCGAGUCGUAACUUCCCUGGUGGUGCGGUUCCGUAUUUUGGAUCUAGCGCGUCCUGUGCUUCCAGAGCGGCGAAUGCGUGAUUCCAUUCGACGACAGUUCCCGCCAUCAGGGGUGACAAGUGCAUCCGGCACGGCGUCGGGCCGCACAGAUACCCCGCUGCAGACGCAGCGCAAAGCCGUGCGGCUGGUGCCCUCCGCCUCGUCGGUGAGCAGCUCGGCCAAGUCGGCCAUCGCCAGACGUACGAAUGGGGUCACUCUGCGAACCUGGAUGGAGGGGGCGAGGUCCGCACGCUAG